AGUCUCCCAGAGAGCUUUAAAUCAUUCCUUUCCUGUGAAAGAAGUUCCUGCAGAAUGCCUUUAAGCUAUAUGCAGGUAUAAAAUGCUUGUGGUUCAGCAACAUUGAGCUAUCUUCAGUGGAAGUAGCAUGUCAAUGGCAUUUCAAGAGGCUUUGUUGGAGAAGAGGCUACAUAGUCUCGCCAAUACUCAGGAGAGUAUUCAGUCUAUGUCUGCAUAUUGUCUACAAGGAAAGGGAAAGGCCAAACAAGUUAUUGAUGUCUGGCUCAAGGUGGUGAAGAAAGAGCGAGUAUCUCAGCGCCGGAAUCUGUUCUAUCUUGCUAAUGAUGUCAUCCAGCUUGCCAAGAGGAAGAACAUCAAAGAAUUUGUAGAAGGGUGGAAGGAAGCAUUGAAGAUGGCUACGCCAUUUGUGAGGUCAGCCAUGGAAGUCCUUCAUUUUGACCAUGCUUGGAUUUAG